CCUGAACCCCUUCGCUUGUGCGAUCCUCAUGCCUCCGAAAAGCGAUCACAGUUAUGCUGCGAGUAACAAGAAUCCUGUCCAAAUCAAGAGUAGGCAGAUGAGUGGCGGCGGAGCGAUUCCAGAGAUCCGCAACCGCAUCUACGAUUUCACGAAAGAGUACGACUACUUCCCAGAUGGGCUUGUACCACCGCUGCUUAUCCGGUCCUCCAAACUUUAUGAUUCGCCAAACAAAUACAGCGCUAGGAACUACUUUGCUCUUACGCAGACAUGCAAGCAACUUCGAUCGGAAUUCCGCCCUCUGUGGCUGCGCAACUCCGGAAUUCGUAUCGAUCCAGAAGAUUUGGACGAGUUUGUUGGCACCUUCUAUCCCAGGAUCGAUGAAUACCAGAACGCCCCAAGGUUACUGUUGAUAAACUGGGACCACGACAUCUGCUACGACGAUAACCUCGUGUUCAAACUUACUCCUUUACUUCGCUUGCAUGCACACUGCCCGACAUUCACAGCCAAGUUUGUCUGUCGGAAGAUAAUUGAUGGAGACUUUCCUAACACUGAAUGCUACGGCUGCGGACACUCCAUUCACUGCGGAUGCAGUGCUGACUGCGAUCAUGAGGAGACUAUACUUGACGCAUGUGCUGAUCUGUAUUCAGACUACAGCUACACUGAGGCACUUGAUGAGUUUCUUGCCAAUAAGAACGAAGCAUGGCUGGAGGUACUUCGCGAGGAUGUACCCAAGUUGAUGGAAAUUGAGUGCACCAUCGACGUCGGUACGCAACGCUCAACGAUCUAUAUUCGCUUCCCCGAGGGCUGUUCUCCAGCUUGCCUUAGCAAGAAAAACAUGUAUCGCGACGCCGCUCGAUAUCUCACACGAAUUGGCAUCUUGGACCUCGAACGACGCGAGAGACUUGAUUUCGUGAUUGGAGAGGCUACCAACAAAUUUACCCGACACAUUGGCAGCUGCAAUCAUCUCGUUCAGACUUAUGUUCAAGUUCAUAUCUCCGGCGACAUUGACAAGAUGUCCGGCGACGACGUUUGAGUGUCGUCGUCGACGUGGCGGUUUUGUGGGGUGUCGCAAUGGUGUUGGGAUCAGGAUAGUCCGGAAAAGAUAGUCGGCACGAGACGUGAAGGAAGAGCCUUGUUUGCGACAAAGGCAAAGGAUGCUCGCUCGGUAGUUGUCAACAUGUAUAUUUAGCAAAUAAAGCCCGCAUGAUAUUAUGC